GAAGAAAGACAUCCUGAGCUCUUCAGACCGGUGAGCAACGAGUCGCCCAGAGGCAAGAAGCGAACCGUGCCUCUGGAAUGUCUCUGUCUGGGUUUCAACCGGACAGGCACGGCGUCCAUGUGCAGUGCCCUUGAGACCCUAGGCCUCCCCUGCUGGCACUCCACGCAGUUUCUGUCGACGCGGUUCGGCGACAUCGAGAUGUGGCAGGAGGCCGUGGACCGGAAGUUCUUCGGAGCAGGGCCCAAGUUCGGGCGUGCGGAGUUCGACCAGCUACUGCACGAUUACGGAGCAGUCUCGUCCGAUACCCCGGCGAUUGCCUUUGCAGAGGACCUGGUGGAAGCGUAUCCAGAGGCAAAGGUCGUGCUCGUGGAGCGGGACAUCGACUCCUGGUAUCAGAGCUGGAUGGACACGGUGAUCAAGAACACAUAUUCCCCGGUCGUCACACUCAUGUGUCAUAUCGAUCGGUUCUUCACACGUCCGAUCGGCAAUAUCCACAAGACCACCUUCAAGGGGUGGGCGGGCAUCUCGGGCCCAAAAGACGCGCCCCUCAAGAGCAAGGCCAAGUACCGCGAGCACUACGCGCUCGUGCGGCGCGUGACGCCCAAGAAUCGCCUACUGGAGUUCAAGCUGUCUGAUGGCUGGGAGCCACUGUGUGAGUUUCUGGGGAAGCCCGUGCCGGACAAGCCCUUCCCGCACAUCAAUGAGAAGAAGUGGCUCGAUGAGAAGGUCCAGCUUGUGCUGAUGAGGGGGUUGAAACUUCUCGCGUGGAAAGUUUUGGUUUACUUCCUGGCUCCUAUAGUGGCUGCCGGUUUGUUAUACUAUGGGUUUAUGUGAUUGCUAGUCUGAAACCUUUUAGCUUUUACUGGAUUUUCGAUGAUGAACGGUAGGCUCGACAACGC